AUGAAGAAAGUCAGGCCACCGCCACCUGCGGCAACAUGUCUUGCUUUUCACUCCCGAGAUGAUGGUAUAGUUGCUAUUGGCAUGGACAAUUCCACCAUUGUUACAAGGAAGCUUGAGGGUCACUCCAAAAGAGUCACUAGCCUUGCCUUCUCGAACACUCUGAAUGUACUAGUUUCUUCUGGUGCUGAUGCAUAUUGGAAACUACAAUAUUACUUUCAGACAUGGCUUCUACUCUAA